AUGACUGCAGUGCCCUCCCUCGCUCCCUUCUCCCUCUCUCACUCGUCCCUCUCCCAUGGUAGUCGGGCGAGCUCGGCGCUCGGGCGGGCGGCGCAGCGCGCGGGCGGGCGAUGGGCAAGCGGCGAUCGGGCGGGCGACGGGCGGCGCGGCGCGUGGGCGGGCGAGCUCGGCCUGGCCUGGGCGGCGCGGCGGACGGGCGGGCGAGCUCGGCUUGGCCUGGGUAGUGCGGGCGUGAGUAGGCCGGCAAUGGACGAGCAGGGAGGGGCGGAGGCACAUCUAAGGCCACCCUGGCGCGCAUUCCUCUCCCUGAAGUCCAUGGUCGCCGGCACAGACGGCGUCUCCCCCAACGCCCACGUGCUCUUCGCCGCUGCCAAGGCCUCCGCCGUGCUCCACGACCGCUGCGCAGGCACCUGCAUCCAUGGGAGCGUCGUCGUCCGCGGGUAUGGCGACGACGGCGUUGUGCUGAGCGCGCUCGUAGACAUGUACGGCCACGCGGCUGCACCCGGUGACGCGCGGAAGGCGUUCGAAGAACUGCGUGCCCCGGACGGGAUGAGAGGCUGUAGAGAGGUUGUUGUCGAAUCUUCACUCGUGGACCUGUACGCGAGCUAUCGAUUUGUUCAAUGAGAUGAUCAGGGAAAGGGUCAGGCCAGACUACAUCAGUUUCAUUGAUGUUCUUUUUGCGUGUAGUCAUACUGGGAUGGUUGAACAAGGAAGGAACUACUUCAACUCGAUGAGCGAGGAGUAUGGCAUUACCCCUGGUUGAACACUGCAAUUGCCCUAUGUUUAUGAACUGGCCAUUGCAAAUUGACACCAGCUGGCAUCUUGUAAUAUUCAUGUCAUCGAUUGAUAGAAAUCAUGAUCAGUCAAA